UUUAUUUAAAGGAGACGGAGAAAGUGAAGCAGUCAGUGUGUCUCGCUGAUACAGGAUUCAGGAUGCAGCACAUUUACAUGCAGAGUGAUGAGCACUUCCAAGUCUUCACCACUGUCCUCACGCCUCAGGUAAGAAGAAGAAGACGACACCGGUACAGAUGUGAAGAACCAGAUAAGGUGGUGGUAGCACACAGUUACGUCCCUCAGUGGCCAGAUGAAAUGGAACUGACUCGUGGUGAUAUUGUCCAAGUCCUUUCCAAGCAGGAUGAAUCCAGGUGGUUUGGGCAGCUGCGGAACGGACAGCAGGGCUACUUUCCUGCCUCCUGUGUCAUCGAGCUGAGUCAUAACACAGACCAUAGGGACGGGGCAGCUAAAAAUGAUGAAGGUUUAGGGAGACGCUGUUCAGUUCAGGUUGAAUCUGUGGUGAUCCUUCGGGAACGUGCUGGCGGAGGCAGGCAGCAGGCCCCUAGGGGCGGAGGAAGGGAGGAGGGACCUUUCCUGACUUUGAAGCAGGACGCCCAGGCCCCGUCCUCGGCCCACAGCUCGCCCAGCCUGCUGCACAGGAUCCUGUCCAAACAUCUCAGAAAGAGCCAGUGCCAGGGGGCCAGUAACGGGGCAAUUGAACAUGACUGAAUGGCACCGACCUGCAGGACAGCCGAGAGCUCAGCCCACAGUGUGAGUGCUGUAGCUGUUUUGGGAUGCCUGAACCAUCACAAUGUGCUGAUUGUUACAUAGAUACAGUGAACAAGCCCUGCUGUUGCUGGAGUACUGCUGUGUCUGUUAAGUGCUUUUCCACCAAGCAGUGUGGUACAGUAUACCAGAACUAUUUACCUUCUGGUUGAGAACGUGUGUCUGUUUCCUACUGCAUAAUGUUACCCGUGAAAGUAGGAGGGGUUCUCAGAAGGAAGUGUGAUGGAAACUAAUAAAAAGCACAACUAGUCACUCAAAAUUUGCAAACUUGUAAUUUUCUCUGACAUCAAAUUAAAAAGGUAGACAUACAGCUUAUAUUACAUUAAAUUACACAGUGCAUGGCACUGUUCCUUGUCUGCCUCACAGGGAGAAUUAAUGAGCAUGAGACAUUGCUGGCCUGCAGUAAUGGUGCCAAUUGCACCCAAGAGUGUCAAUACAGAAAUCAUACUGAAAAUAGAGAGAUUGCCAAGAGUAGAUUGUCACUUUGUCAAAUGACAGUUGUUGCAUUAAAAGACAACACAAUUCUACAUUAUGUACAUUAUUCUACAUUAUGUUAUACCCCAUGUAGUGAACAUAUAUACUCACUGACCACUUUAAUAGGAACACCUGUACACCUGCACAUUCAUGCAAUUAUCCAAUCAGCCAAUCGUAUGGCAACAGCACAAUCCAUAAAAUCAUGCAGACAGACCAAGAGCUUAAGUUAAUAUUCAUUUCAAACAUCAGAAUGGGGAAAAAUGUCAUCUCAGUGAUCUUUGACCAUGGCAUGGAUGUUGGUGGUGAAUAGGCUGGCUUGAGUAUUUGGGAACAUGCUGAUCUGGGAAUUUUUAGGUACAGCAGUCUACACAGAAUGGUGCAAAAAACAACAACAACAAAAACAAACACUGAAUGAAGCUACUGCCACAUGAUUGCAGUACAAGUGGGUACAAGGAAUACGAGUGUUCCUAUUAAAGUGGCUGGUAAGUGUAUGAUAAAUACACUUUAUCAUAAUGUAAAAAUCGAGCUAAAUGUCAGCAACAAAUGUGGAUAAAUGCAUAGAAAUAAAUACAUAGUUCUAGCCAGAGACAGUAACAGGAUGAUUCUGCCAUGAUUGUGGUGUGUACAGUUAUUAUUGGUCCUCACUAUUUCAUGCAAAAACAAGAACCAAAAUCAGCCUGGUACAGAUCACCUGUCAAAGAAAUAUCUACAAAAUAUGGGACCGGGGAUUUAUUACCGUGUUGUACUGCACUGUCCAGUGGAAAAGCACUCUAAGUGUACUGCAGGAGAAAAUGACUACAGUCCAGUGACAACAUCACUAAUAUGACAAAAUGGAAUAUCAGUGUAUUUGCGGUUAAGUUGGGACAUGUGGAAAUAAACCAUAAAAGAGCAGAGUUAUAUACCAGACGGGGUAAUUCUGCAAAAUGUUAUUAUGCUAACUGUAGGCCUAUUUUUUUUCCAGCAUCCUCUCAUUUAUUUCCAGACUUUACUCUUUUAUAUUCCCUUAUUUUCCAAGUAAGUCUCUCUGUUUAAACAUGUGUUUAUUUUUUUCUUUCUAGUCAUUAAUUCCUAAACUGUGUAACUGCUGUGUCUUGUGUGUAAGAGAUGAAAAGGGUUGGAAAGCAGGAAAAAGAGUAAUAUUCUUUUUAAAAAAUGUACAUAGAUUAAUUUUUAUUUUUAUAGACUUGUGUUUUAUUUUAACAUUUUGAUGUUAUAACUGUAAUUCAGACCAUCAUUCUUCUUAUUUCAAAAUUAUGAAAUGUAUUUCAGUCUAGUAAAAUGUGCUUUACUGUGUUAUGUAUUGAUGAUAUUUUGAUGCUAAAAUUGACAAAUACAAAGGAAAUAUUUAAGUUCAUAUAAUACGUAAAUUAAAGAGAACCCAUAAAACAAACUCACAAAAAUUGUGUCACAGCAAGUAAAGAUAAGUAAGUAUUAUCAAACAUUUCUCAUUAUGAGAUUAUUAUAUAAAAACUAUAGGACGAUUAAGCAUAGACAUAUUUACUAGCUUAAAAUUUUCUUAUUCUGUGGAAGAUAAUUUUGCAUCUUUCUAGAUACAAACACUUGAAAUAAGCAAAAUUAUCUGCCAGUAAAAUAAAAUUUCAAGCUUGAAAUGAGUUAAAAUAUCUAG